UUUAUUCGGCAGUUACGAUGUCUGAAAACAGUAUGUUAUUAAAGUUUCUAAUUGUUGCUUUCUCAGUUGUACUGACUUGCCAGGCGAGCAAGGUGAAAGAGAAAGUCAAAGAAGCUUCACUUAUACCGCUUUUUGCAGACGGCGGUUGCAAUGAUUUUGCAAAGGUCGUAUUCGACACUGGAGCUGAAAUGCAUCUUGGAAAUAUUUUAGCUUUUACGUCCACACUUCCUGUUCCAACUGUAACGUAUGAUUUCAAAGAUAAGUGUGAAACCGUCGCUGUUAUCUUUUUCGGAGUUCCCACAAACUUUUUUGAUCUUGACGCCCUGCUUGGUGGUGCUUUUGCGCAUUGGGAGAUCGUCAAUAUUCCCUCCAAAGUUUUAAAAGAAGGUUUUAAUGGUCAAUCUGGAGAUGAAUUAGCAUCAUAUGUUCCACCGAUUCACCCAACAAAUGACCACCGUUACACCUUUUUUGUCUACUGUCAGAAAGAAUACAUCAAUCCGAAAGACCAAACGCAUAUGGACUUCUUGCUCAGCAGAACAGCCUUCCAAGUAAAAGACAGAGCAAAAGAGCUUCAUCUUGGAGAGCCGGUGGCUUGUAACUUUGCCAAUUUGGGAGUAGUCGCUGGAGGACCGGAUUUGUCCAACAUAGCGAAUCGAAAAUGAGCUCUCUAAAAGACAAUACUGACAAUGAAUCUCAAAGAACAAUGAAGUCUUGUUACAUUUGUUUAGAAGUUAU